AUGGAUUUUGUCCAAUCUAUCGACUCUUCUUCCCGAGUAAUCCCUUCAUCUUCCGCAUUUUACAAUAAUGUUACUUCCUCUUCCACAACCAAAACCCAAACAAAUGAACAACAACGUUUGGGGGGUUCCCUUAGAAGACUCAAAACUGUUUUGGUUAUUGACAAAAAAGUACAAAAAUUUCUUAAAGUUCGAGAAAUGGCUUGUCAAGAUAUCGAGGCUGUCUCUGCUGCUUUGAACGUUAAUUUACAGUUAAUCGAUUUUGACCGAUUAGAUUUUGGAGAGUCUUCAACACUUGACAAUUUUUAUAAUGCUGACAUUGCACUGAUUGAUUUUUCGAUAACUCAUCAACAGCCGAGCCUUUGCUACCACGUCGGUGUUCGAGAGUCAAUGGGACAAACCUAUAAUAUAAUAAUUAUGUGUUGUUCACCACCUGAUAUUCCUGACGAUCAAAAAUGUGAAAUGCAGAUUGAAGCCUUAAAGCGAACCUUAACCCAAUGUUCUUUAAUUGUUUAUUUUCUUGCCAAAGAGGACGGUGGCUCAACAUUACCCCCAGUUUUACUUUCCGCUGAUCGUUCUUCUAAAUUGGGAUGUUUUGAACGUCACGAAUUAAAAUAUCAAAAGAUGUUGAAGAAAGGAAGGAGCGAUUCUUUUGGAACUUUUGCUGAUCGAAUAAAGCAAGUAUUAAAUAAUGUGACAAUUGAAGCUAAUGCCCAUGCAAGAGAAAAAUUUCUAAGUGAUUUACGCAAAGUUAGAGAUAUUGAUUCGCAUAGAGAACAAUGCAAAUUUCUUGAACGAAUGAGGACGAGGCUGGAUAAUCCUGGUAAUUUUUAGUUAAUUUUUUAAGUAUGAGGUUAUUUUUACAAUAAUUGUAGGGAAGAUUUUUAGUUCUAGAUUUGAGACGUUAGGUGUGGGUUUAAGAGUAAGGUUAGGCUUCCUGGAAGGUCGCUGGAUCGCUCGGACAUUAAAUCUAACAAAUUUUCUUCAUACUAACAUAAAAUCAACCAUAUCCCUAUCCGACUUAUGGAUCACUUUCCUACGAAUGCAUAUUCAAAGAGGCUUGUCACCAGUGAUGGAAAGGUCCGAGUUC